CAUGACAGCACUGGGAGGUGAAUAGUAUUAAAUUACUUAUUCGGAAAGCACAUGCAAACUCCUCAAAAAAGAAAAGUAUGCUGACUAAGGCAUCAAAAGCUAUUAGCAAAAAAUGGUGGAUCGUUUGGCAAACAGUGAAGCAAAUACUAGACCUAUAAGUAUAGUGGAAAACUGUUUUGGAGCAGCUGGUCAGCCCUUAACUAUACCUGGACGGGUUCUUCUUGGAGAAGGAGUAUUGACUAAGUUGUGCAGAAAGAAACCAAAAGCAAGGCAGUUUUUCUUAUUUAAUGAUGUUCUCGUAUACGGCAAUAUAGUCAUCCAGAAGAAAAAAUACAACAAACAACACAUUAUUCCCCUGGAAAAUGUUACUAUUGAUUCCAUCAAAGAUGAAGGAGAAUUAAGGAAUGGAUGGCUUAUUAAGACACCAACUAAGUCUUUUGCAGUUUAUGCUGCCACUGCCACUGAGAAGUCGGAAUGGAUGAAUCACAUAAACAAAUGUGUUACUGACUUACUCUCCAAAAGUGGGAAGACACCUAAUAACGAACAUGCUGCUGUCUGGGUUCCUGACUCUGAGGCCACUGUAUGUAUGCACUCUCAGAAAGCAAAAUUCACACCUGUUAACCGUCAUCACCAUUGCCGAAAAUGUGGUUUUGUUGUUUGUGGGCCCUGCUCUGAAAAGAGAUUUCUUCUUCCUAGCCAGUCCUCUAAGCCUGUUCGGAUUUGUGAGUUCUGCUAUGACCUGCUUUCCACUGGGGACAUGGACACAUGCCAGCCUACCAGAUCAGACUCUUACAGUCAGUCAUUGAAGCCUCCUUUAAAUGACGGAUCUGAUGAUGAUGAUGAUGAUGAUGAUGAUGAUGAUGAUGAUGAUAGCAGUGAGUAAGACACAUUCUGAAAUAUUUAAUCGGGUGUGACUCUCUGAGAAAUCAGCUUUAGGCAAUGUGUAAAGCUCUGCCAGUUUUGCUCUAGCUGUGAAUUUGCCUGAGAAACGUCUAACCUGUGUGCCUCAUAUAUGCUAUAGAAAGUAGCUUUCCCUGCCCACUGCUCCUCUCUGCACUCUUUUACUGGGAUACAACGGAUAAAAUUUUUAUUUCUUGUUUAUUUCUAGAUUAUUUUUUGGAAUGAUGGGGAAAUGUAUUUAACUUGUCACCUUCUAUAUUAGUUGUUUUUUUUUUCUCUGUUAUAUGGAAAACUAAAAGCACAGAAUGAUGGAAACAAGAGUAUAAUGUGAUUAAUAAUAUUAGCUUUUUUUUCCCCUAACCAUCCUAUGUAAUGGUUAAGACACCAGUAGCAGAG